AAACGGUGACACUUCCAUUCAGGAUUGAACGUAACAAUGAUGUCUUUGAUUUUCUUAUUCAUCAAUAUUGCCAUAACUUUGGCUAUGCCAACGCAUUAUCAGUAUCACGGACCACCGGCGCCCAUAGGCCAUGAUGGCAGGGUCAUGGACACGCCGGAAGUAGCACAUGCCAAAGCGGCGCAUCUAGCUGCCGUAGCGGAAGCUGUCGCGAAGGUUCCGCAUAGCGUGGCUUCCUACGCGGAAAAUCAGGACUAUCACGGAUAUGCAAAGCCCGUAUCAGUUGAUCAUCAAAUGUACCACAGCGGAUACGGAUAUCACGGGCCGCCUGCCCCGUUAGAUCAUGAUGGUCGCGUAAUAGACACGCCGGAAGUGGCCCGAGCAAAAGCCGCGCAUCUAGCGGCUUACAAUCACAUAGCUUCCUCGACACCUGUCGCGUACGAUCAUUCGCAGAUUUACAAGCCACCGGUUUACAAUCAUGACGGCUAUUAUGACGGCGACUCGUCAAGUCACCUGUCUCACGAUGACAGAGAGAUUAAUAGUUAUAACGAUUACGAAGAUGAUAGUCUUGCACCUUGCGGUUAUACGUCCAUGAAAGGAACGCUCAUUAUCCAUCAUAUUCGCGAUAAUAAACAAGGCUUCAUGGCCGGAGUCACUUUCCACGCAAUUCAUCAAGCAAAAAGUAAUCGACCCUUCGUGCGGCCUACCGCGCCGGACUUCCUGUUGGAUCAGGCCGGGCCCUUGGCGGUCUCUCUUGACGAUGAUGAUGAGGAGCGUGAAAGAGCCGGUUUCAACGAAAUUGUUCUAUUCGCAUUCUGCGCCAUCGCGACGGCAACACCAGUCUUGGACACGCCGGAGGUAGCGCAAGCGAAAGCGGCGCAUCUCGCCACCCAAGCUUAUGAGGCCGCGAGGAACACGAUCGGUUAUGGAUGGCCCGGUUAUGGAUGGUCCGGUUACGGAUGGCCCGCCCUUUAUGCACCUGCAAUUGCAUACGGCGCUCCCAUCGGCGCGGAUGGCCGAGUGGUAGACACACCUGAGGUCGCCCAGGCCAAGGCUGCCCAUCUCGCCGCUCACGCCCAAGAGGCUGCCAAGACGAUUGGACUGGUUCCAUAUGGUGCACUAGCAUACGCCACUUCGCCUGCAUUCUAUGCUUACGCUCCACUUGGACCUGAUGGCAGGGUAAUCGACACUCCUGAAGUAGCCCAGGCUAAGGCAGCACAUUUGGCCGCACACGCUGCAGCAGCCCGAAACGCUGUUUAAUAAAUUGUAAAGUAACCAUUGGAAAUUGCGUAUAAAAUCGAACUAUCUCUAUCCAAUUGCGAAAGUACAUGCGGAGACACUUGUGCCAUGAUUAGCCAUGUUUUGUAUGGAUCUGAUGUGAGGAAAUUUUAACAAUAAACAAGCCAUUUUUAAGAA